UUUCUUUCUGAGAUGAAAAUCGCUAUCUCAGAGCUGAGCACUGAGCCAAUAAACCCAUCAGAAAACAGAUCGGCUGCCAGAGUCCAGAAAGGGUUAAGGCAGCAGUUGGAGAGGUUUGGGGUGACGUCGUGCUUCUGGACGCCUGAGAAGUCUCUUGAAGGUAGUUCCCCUCUGGUGAGGAUGAGAGCGAGCUGAGGUCUGAAAUCCGAGAUCCCUUGCAGCCUGGAGCUGGUGAGGUCCCAGUAAAAGCUGUUUGCCUGCUCUCCCUUCCCAAGCAGUCACAUCGCUGCACCGGCCUGGGCAGUAUGGAGCGAGCCCCCUGGACACAUGUAGGACUCACUCUCCUCCAGUUCCUGCUCAUCUCCUGCUUGCCAAGAGAGUACACAGUGAUCAAUGAAAACUGCCCAGGCGCCGAGUGGAAUAUCAUGUGUCGGGAGUGCUGCGAAUACGACCAAAUUGAGUGCAUCUGCCCAGGACAGAAAGAAAGAGUGGGCUACACAAUCCCCUGCUGCAGGAACGAGGAGAACGAGUGUGACUCCUGCUUAAUCCACCCAGGCUGCACCAUUUUUGAGAACUGCAAGUCCUGUCGCAAUGGCUCCUGGGGAGGGACACUUGACAACUUCUACAUCAAGGGGAUCUACUGUGCAGAGUGCAGAGCUGGCUGGUACGGAGGGGACUGCAUGAGGUGCGGGCAGGUUCUUCGGGCUUCUAGAGGUCAGAUUUUGCUAGAGGGUUACCCGCUGAAUGCACAAUGCGAAUGGACUAUUCAUGUUCAAGAUGGAUUUAACAUUGAAUUAAGAUUUUCCAUGCUGAGCCUGGAGUUUGACUAUACGUGCCAGUAUGACUAUGUGGAGGUCCGUGAUGGGGACAAUUUGGACAGCCGAAUAAUUAAGAAAUUCUGUGGAAAUGAGAGGCCACCUCCUAUCCGGAGCACUGGGUCUUCACUCCAUGUCCUCUUCCAGUCUGAUGGAUCCAAGAACUUUGAUGGAUUUCUUGCUGUCUUUGAAGAAAUUACAGCUUGCUCUUCAUCUCCAUGCCUUCAUGAUGGAACGUGCAUUCUAGACAAAAGCGGUACCUACAAAUGUGCCUGUCUGGCUGGCUAUACAGGGAAUCGCUGUGAAAACUUGGAUUUUUUUGAAAUAUCUGAACUGUCAGUGGUGAUGUGUAGGACUCCAGGUGCUCCCGCUCAUGGUAUUGUGGAAGGAGAUGACUUUAAAUACGGGGCCCAGGUUUACUUCAAGUGCAACGCAGGUUACAGCUUAAAAGGCAGCCGUGUUGCCUACUGUCAGCUUGAUGGGAUUUGGUCAACACAUCAUCCUGAAUGUGUUCUGGAUGAAAAAAACUGCUCAGAUCCUGGUGGCCCACUCAAUGGCUACAGAAGAGUAGUGGAAGACACUGGGCUCUUGAAUGGACGCUAUGCAAAAAUUGGCACAGUCAUUGCUUUCUUUUGUAACAACUCAUAUGUUCUUAGUGGGAACGAACAGAGGACCUGCCAAGACAAUGGAGAAUGGUCAGGGAAGCAGCCAAUCUGCAUAAAAGCCUGCAGAGAGCCAAAGAUUUCUGACCUGGUGAGACAGAAAGUACUUCCAAUGCAGGUUCAGUCAAGGGAAACACCUUUGCAUCAACUUUACUCAUCUGCAUUCAGCAAGCAAAAGCUUGAAAUCUAUCCAACCAAGAAGCCAGCACUUCCAUUUGGAGACCUGCCUCCAGGGUACCAGCAUCUGCACACACAACUUCAGUAUGAGUGCAUUUCUCCUUUCUACCGCCGCCUAGGUAGCAGCAGGAGGACUUGUCUGAAGACAGGAAAAUGGAGUGGGAGAGCCCCUGUGUGCAUUCCAAUCUGUGGAAAAGCAGAAAACAUCACCCUUCAGAAGACAGUGACCUCUACCAGGUGGCCCUGGCAAGCAGCAAUCUAUCGGACGGCCAAUGGGGUGAAGGAGAACAGUCUCCGGAAAGGGGCCUGGAUCCUUAUCUGCAGCGGGGCCCUGGUGAAUGAGCGCACCGUGGUGGUGGCAGCUCAUUGCGUCACUGACCUGGGCAAGACCAUUGUGCUCAAGACAGCAGAGCUCAAGGUGGUUCUGGGGAAAUACUACAGAGAUGAUGACAGGGAUGAAAAGACCAUCCAGAACCUGCGGAUUUCUGCCAUCAUAGUCCAUCCCAAUUAUGAUCCUAUAUUACUUGAUUCUGACAUAGCUAUCAUAAAACUCUUGGACAAAGCCAGAAUCAGCAGUCGUGUUCAACCCAUUUGCUUGUCAUCUUCUCAAGACUUGACUUCAUCUACAGAGGAUUUAAAAAUAAUGGUUACUGGCUGGAAGGUAUUGGCUGACAUUAAAGAUCCCAGAUACAAGAAUGACACAAUCCGCAUGGGAGCUGUUCGGAUGGUGGAUUCACUGUUGUGUGAGCAACAGUAUGAGGAUAAUGGGAUACAAGUCAGCAUCACUGACAGCAUGUUCUGCGCCAAACAAGACCACACAACCUUUUCUAAUAUCUGCCCUGCUGAAACUGGAGGGAUUGCAGCCAUAAUUUUGCCAGGAAAAGCAUCUCCUGAGCUAAGGUGGCACCUGAUGGGAUUAGUGAGCUGGGGUUAUGAUAAAACUUGCAGCCUAGAACUCUACAGUGGCUACACCAAAGCUCUUCUCUUCAAAGACUGGAUUGAGAAGAACCUGAAAUAAAAAGCUGUGUCUGGAAAUGGCAUUUUAUAACUAUCAUAAUAUCUCUCAGUCUCUGCUGCUUUAGGCUUCUCAUCCCAGUGAUGAGCCAUGUCUGGGAUAAGGUUAAGGCAGACAGCCUGGUAAUUUGUCCUAGGAGCAGGUGUUCCAUCAGGCUACUUGUACUUAACCCAUGACAGAGGGUCUUAGUGCAUGAGAAGUUUUGCCAUAUUUAGCCUGUCUCCCCUGGUGGGAGGAUGAUGCUCUGCUCCUGAGUCUGACAUACAGAAACAGGACAGCAAAUUCUGACUGAAAUUAAUCUGUAGUGCAGAGUUCCCUAGAGAAAUCAACGGUGAGCCUCUCCCAAAGAUCCGUGGGACUGAGAGGAUUAGGAGGCUGGAAAGAGUAGCCUGAGUUCAUAAUGAUGAAUGAGCUUGUUACGGUAUGUGCUGUCUGUAUUGCCAUAGCACAAUGUAAUCUUUUUCCCUUCCAAGUACUUUACACAUUUAAAUAAACCAUGGUUUGUUUUUUUAACCUACAUACUCAUGUCUGACAUCAUCUAGAUUCCAUGUUGCUUUAUCUGUGUCACACUCUAGGGACUCUCUACUGCCCUUGUCUGUUUGCACGUGACUCUCACUUGGGGCUCUUCAGGUAUGCUGAAAGGCAGAAUUAGCAUAAAAUUCAAUUACUAUAUAAAUAA